AUGAGCACAAAGCACAAUCUUCACAUCGCCGCUCCAAUACCGCCGCACCUCCACCCCUCAGAGGUCAUCGCUGCCCUGCAUGACCAUAACACAGCGUUGACCCUCCAAGCCCUCACGACCAGCCACGAAAAGCUGCCGAACACUGCACCAGAGAUGUUGAAAGAUAACUACUGGUAUCCGACAGACAUCAAUCAAGUACACACCUACAGCGUCACUGAAUGCGUUACAGUCUUACCUGGCUUUGGGCAAUGGGGCAAAAAGAACUUCACCUUUCCCAGCUGCUUUCAGAAUAUACCUACAGGCAUCAAGACGCGUGCAGACGCAUCUGGUGUGACAGUACGCGCAGACUAUCGCGUGAUAAAGGGUGGCGCAGACUGUGAGGUCGAGGGUGAAGGCCAAGGUAUUGGAGACGCAGAGUGGAUUCUGGUCGAAGAUGCUGAAGUCAGCUGCUCGUGGUGGCUGAUGCCGUUCAUCAAGGGCAAAAUGGAGCAAGCGCAUCGUGAUAUAUGUCGUAAAGUCAUUGAGAAAGUGGAGAUGCAAAGAAUACAGGAUGAUCUUGCGAAGACUGUAGGGAGAGGGAAAGAGCCUUCGCAAGGGCUUGCACCCAGCGCAAACAUCAGGCCUGUUGAGGCAGAUGCAAACGAGUCUCAGAGAGUAGAACUGCCCGCGCCAGGUUCCGAGAAAAUAUUCUACAGCUAA